AUGGCACAACAUUCUCCCCUGUAUGUGAUGGGAUUGAGAACCAAACGCCAAAGAGUUCAUGCUGGGAGAUCAUGCAUCCCUACAGGUAAAUCUCUCAACUACCAUCAUCAACCUUGUUUAAGAAAUGGAAAUGGUUGUAGUUUGAGAGUGUUGAAAAGCAAGGCCAGAGAAGUUCUGGUGGGCUGCAAUGCUCACCGGAUGGGAGGCGGCGACGACAACCGGGCUUUAGAAACGGUUCUGAAGCUUUAUAGCGCCAUCAAGAACAAGAGCUUCACUCAACUGUCUGAUGUUAUUGGAGAAGAAUGUCUCUGCAUUUGCAAUUUCGCCUCAUCUCUGCAACCUUUUCAUGGUAAGGAGCAAGUUUUGGCGUUCUUCUCAUCUCUCAUGAAGAUACUGGGAAACAACAUUGAAUUCGUGGUGCAACCAACGUUUCAUGAUGGGAUGAAUGUCGGAAUAUCUUGGAAACUAGAAUGGAGCAAGAAUCAUGUUCCUCUAGGAAAAGGUUUCAGCUUCUGUAUGUGUCACAUUUACCAGGGAAAAGUGGUAAUACAGAAUGUUGAUAUGUUCUUGGAGCCAAUUCUUCAUAUUGAACCGUUUCGAUUGCAAGCAGUCACAUUCUUGACGAAUGCCAUGGAUCAUAUUUGCUCCCGGGCUGUCUUCAAGGGGAAAGCAAAGGGCUUGAUGAAGAUUCUCCUCUUUCUAAUUCUCAUGGCUGCAAUAUUUGUCUUUGCUAGCUGA